CUAUACAACUAUGGCUUGGCUAAUACUUCUAGCUUUCAUAUUAACCCCAUUCCUUACACAUUACAUUACUACGUUCCUCUUUCGUCGGCAAUCGAAGAACAGAAGUCCUCCUAGAAAACCUCCAACCAUCCCUUAUUGGGUUCCUGGUUUGUACCAUGCACUCGGACUACUAUCCAAACCAUCAACAUAUUUCGCACUGUUGAUCAAGAAAUAUGGAGCUCACGCGCCUUUCACGGUCAAGAUAGGCCGAGUUUCGUAUCUGGUCGUUCGGAGCUCGGAGCACUGUCGUUCUCUUCUCCGGCAAUCGAGUUCGACGAAGGCGAAAUCGAACCUGACAGAAAUCUACGACAAAGUAUUUGGCACGACUCGAGACGCUAUUAGGUACUACCAAAUCAAUGAAUCUGUCGAUCAAGACAGCGGCCCAUUCCAUCCAUUACUUGCUUCAGUCCAUAGCAAAUAUCAGGAUGAUGUUGAGUUCAAGUCGCUCACAGAUACAUUCAUUUCCAUAUUCCGUCGCAAUAUGUCGAACAAGAUGUUUCAACCCUCUAGCUGGACACAGAUUGAAGACUUAUGGUCAUUUCUGGAAAUAGAAAUCACUCGCGGGGCAGUGGAGACUCUCUUCGGUUCAGCACUGAUCAAGAAUCAGCCAAAGUUGGUCCGAGAUUACUGGGACUUUCAAUCUAAGACGGGUGAAUUCAUACCUGGCCUCCCGCGAUUUACCAUCUCUUCGGCCGUCCCACCACGGGAUCGACUUCUUGAAGGUAUCAGGAAGUGGCUGCAGACGACCCAUGGCGGCACUGAUUUCGCACAGAUCAAGGCUUCAGACCCUGUCUGGGAUGAAAAGAGAGGUUCAAAAUUCAUCCAGGAGUGCGACGCCACCUUCGCCCAGAUACCUUCUUUCAACUACCAAGCAAGAGCUUCCGAAUGCCUCAGGAUCAUACACAAUAUUAGCUCUGCCGCUAUGCCAUCAACGUUCUGGCACAUUGUAGAAAUCCUCCGCAAUCAAGCCCUCACCGACUACCUCUCGAGAGAGGUGCUACGACACGCCCAACCGACCCAAGACAAAUACGACUUGGCAGCCAUCACUAAAUUGCCCAAUCUCCAAUCGCUCAGCCUAGAAAUCAAACGUAUCCGGACGGCUACAUAUAUGCUGCGCACCAGUGCCACCCCCGAUGCCCAUCUAGACAACAACUGGGUGAUCCCCAAUCGCACAUCUGUUUUAGCUUUCUCGCAGGACAUCGGCCUCAACACCGCCCUCUGGUCCAAAGCUCGCCCACAAAUUACGACCCGCCCCCUCGCAGAAUUCUGGUCAGACCGCUUCUUGAUCCCGGAUAAAUCCGCGUCCACGAAGCGGUACCGCAAAGGCAGAGAUAGCGUCACCACAGGCACUUUCAGCCUCGACGGUAUCGAGACACUGCAUGAGAUUCUCAGCGGGGGUAUAGGCGACGAAUGCUGCUCAGACCUCGAAAUCCGUCUCGCUGACGUCUUCACGGCAGCGGCUGUGGCGGUUCUGCUCGCCGAGUUUGAAAUGAACCUUUGUGAUGGUGAUGACGUGGAGGCGGGGCUGCCACCUGUUGGUGAAGUUGCUUAUGGGGUUUUGAAGCCAUUGGAGAAAGUUGCUGUGCGGUUGAAGCUGCGCUCGGGGUAG